UCUGUUUUGGCUCAAACUCAUUGUUGGCCUUGCAAUGCGCCCUUUCUUCUCUCUCUCUAUCCCUUUCUCUCUCCUCCCCUGUUCCUUGUUGCACAAACUUUGAAUCUUUAUCUGUUUGAUUUGGUGGGUGUUGCAACCGAAUCAUGGCGUACAAAGUAGACCAUGAAUAUGACUAUCUCUUCAAGGUUGUUUUGAUUGGGGAUUCUGGUGUUGGAAAAUCCAAUAUCCUUUCAAGGUUUACGCGAAAUGAGUUCUGCUUGGAGUCUAAAUCUACCAUUGGGGUCGAAUUUGCAACCAGAACAUUGCAGGUGGAGGGAAAGACUGUAAAGGCACAAAUAUGGGACACUGCUGGCCAAGAGAGGUACAGAGCAAUCACUAGUGCAUACUACAGAGGAGCUGUUGGUGCCUUGUUAGUCUAUGACAUAACCAAGAGACAAACAUUUGACAAUGUUCAAAGGUGGCUUCGCGAGCUACGGGACCAUGCCGACUCCAACAUCGUUAUCAUGAUGGCUGGAAACAAAUCCGACUUGAAUCAUCUCAGAGCGGUAUCAACUGAAGAUGCUCAAAGUCUGGCAGAGAAGGAAGGUUUGUCCUUUCUAGAGACUUCAGCAUUGGAGGCAUUUAAUGUUGAGAAGGCAUUCCAAACCAUUUUGUUUGAUAUAUAUCACAUUGUAAGUAAAAAAGCACUGGCGGCACAAGAGGCUACUUCCGGUACUGGCGUUCCUCAAGGAACUACCAUAAAUGUCUCAAACAUGUCAGGUAAUACAGGCAACAAAACUUGUUGCUCUAACUAACAGGGUAGCUGUGUAGAAAAGAAGAGGAAAACAAAGGUUUUUCAGAAAAUUGUUAUCUGAAAACACAUGAAGAAUAGUUGUUAGUUGUGCUACCUUUUGCCAGAUUUAUAGCAUGUUUGGAUCAGCUUCUCGUUUCUCAUAACCAAUUCUGACACCUAAAAGCUAUUACAGAAGCUUCUUUCCAUAAAUGAUUUUGACUUUAGAAUCAAUUGUAGAAAGAUUUUCAAAUAUGCACUUAUUCCGGGAGAGCUUUUAUCCCUUUAGUCUUCAAGAAUUUCAAUUGAAACUUGAAAGUGAAUAUGGAGGCUUACAAGUUACAAUUUAGAUACUUCACUUUGGUGUUAAGUGGUGCUGAAAUUUAUGCAUUCAGAGUUAGGAUCAUAGUGGUCAAGUCUGAGUUUAGUCAUAAGCAGAAAUAUUGUAAAUCUAGUUUAUCAGUUAAUUUGCUCCUGUUCUUUAUAGUGUAUAUGUUUCACUCUCAAUAACAUAUUGGAGUUUUUUCUAAUUCUAA